AUGAGAGAAAAACGGAACCUGCUCUCUGCUUUUAAUGCUGAGGCAGAGGUAGCUUCACAAAAGGAGAUGGCGCUGGCGCAGGGAGAGGAAGCUUCGGAAAUGGAGGGGGCGCAGACACUGGCUGAACUAUCAGAUACAGAACGUGCUGGGCUUGCGGCGGAUGCCCAGGUGCCAGACCUUUUCAAAUUGGUUUACAUAGACCCUUUUGCGUUUAUUGACGAGAACUGGGGUAAUGAAGAAGCGAAACAAAAGAAAGCAAAAAUUAGAGCGUAUAUUGCACAGCAUCAGGGGGAAGACGCAGCCACUUUUGCAGAAAAGUUUAACGCGGGUGAGUUUGAUGACGAUGAAGAUAUGGACAUUAUGUCCCUGAAGCAUUGGACAGCGGAGGAGUUGGAGGAAAUUUUGCAUGAACGUGCACAGCAAAACGAUGUGCUUGCAGAGGAUGGGGCAGAACAGCCAGAGGUUAGUGGGGGGGAUGGGACCAUGAAGCUAGGGACCGGUGUUGAUAUGUUCGAUCCGCUGGCAGCAAUCCAGCCGGAGCCCCCUUUGGUUGUAGAAAAGGAGGACAUUACGCUCGAGCCUCCGACCCGGGCACAGAUGGACGAGCUUCAGGCUUUCAUCCAAGGACUUGCACACCAGGAUAUAACACGGGGCACAGAAUGGGGCUCAGGAGGAAGAGCGGAGAAGAAGCGCAGUGGGGUAAAGGGCGCAAACCUCAAGGCAACGGCAAGCGGCAAGGGAAAGGCACCGGAAAGUCAGAACACACAGGCUGGCAAAGAGACUGCCCGGCGGCUUGGUACCGACGAAGACGGCAAGUUCAGCCGCCGUGGAGCACGCCUCGGGCACAAACGUGAGAAGGUCGAGUACGACCCCGGCAAAGCGGACGAGAAGAGGUGGAAGACCGCAAAUCAAAUCGAACGGGAGGCAAGAGAGAGGGCGACAAAGGAUGCUAAACGGGCGCAGAAGGCGGAGUUGCAACGCCAGACGCGAAUGGCUGCGGAGCGCGGGGCUCGGGAAGCUGCACAUGGGCCUCAGGGAGGAGCUGAAACGUCGAAGCAGGGUGGAAAGAUGGGGAAGGGAGCGGCUUGA